CCAUAAAAAUGGCAUUCAGAACAAGAUUAUCUUUGAUUCAUCUUCUUCUUGGAGCUUUAGCUCUACUGAGCAGUUUUGUGACAGUGAAAGGAGAAAGCCCUUACAAGUUUUACACUUGGACUGUGACUUAUGGCGUUAUCUCCCCUCUUGGCGUCCCUCAACAGGUUAUUCUGAUCAAUGGUCAGUUCCCUGGUCCAAAGCUUGAAGUUGUGACUAAUGACAACAUCAUCCUCAACCUCAUCAACAAACUUGACCAACCUUUCCUCUUGACCUGGAAUGGAAUAAAGCAAAGGAAGAACUCAUGGCAAGACGGUGUUUUAGGAACAAACUGUCCAAUCCCACCAAACUCAAACUUCACUUACAAGUUCCAAACCAAAGAUCAGAUCGGAACUUACAACUACUUUCCUUCCACCGCUUUCCACAAAGCCGCCGGUGGAUUCGGAGCUAUCAAUAUCUAUGCAAGGCCUAGAAUCCCUAUCCCUUACCCUCUCCCUGUCGCAGACUUCACUUUGCUCAUUGGUGAUUGGUUCAAAACCAACCACAAAACUCUCCAACAGCGUUUGGAUUCUGGUGGGGCUCUUCCAUCUCCAGACGGAAUGCUCAUAAACGGACAAACCCAAACUACAUUCACAGGAGACCAAGGGAAGACUUACAUGUUGAGAAUCUCUAAUGUUGGAUUAUCAACCACUUUCAAUUUCAGAAUCCAAGGACAUACAAUGCAAGUAGUCGAAGUUGAAGGCUCUCACGUCUUGCAAAACGUUUACGAGUCUCUUGAUGUUCACGUUGGCCAGUCUUUAUCAGUUCUUGUGACACUAAACCAACCUUCUAAAGAUUAUUACAUCGUUGCAACCACCCGGUACACAACCUCCAAGCCUUCCGUUACUGGUCUGCUGCGCUAUUCCAACUCCGGCGUCCCAGCUUCCGGUGAUAUCCCCUCUCCUCCCCCUGAAGAUCUUGAUUGGUCCUUGAACCAAGCCAGAUCAUUUAGGUGGAACUUAACGGCUAAUGCAGCUAGACCGAACCCUCAAGGAUCAUUUCACUAUGGAACAAUCACUCCGACCAAAUCAUUUGUAUUCUCCAGCUCAGCUCCUUUGAUCAACGGGAAGCAACGCUUUGCGGUGAACGGAGUCUCUUAUGUUAACUCGGAGACGCCUCUUAAACUCGCUGAUCACUUCAAUAUUCCCGGAGUUUUCAGCACAAAUGCUAUUCAGAGCGUUCCUUCUAGUGCUCCUGCAACUGUUGCUACAUCAGUUGUUCGAGCAUCUCUCCAUGAUUUCCUCGAAGUUGUGUUUCAGAACAAUGAGGAAUCGAUGCAGUCUUGGCACCUUGACGGUUAUGACUUCUGGGUCGUUGGGUUUGGUUCUGGACAAUGGACACCUGAGCAGAGACCUCUUUACAAUCUUGUUGACGCUCUUACCAGACACACAACUCAGGUGUACCCGAACUCUUGGACAGCAAUCUUGGUGUCGUUAGACAAUCAAGGAAUGUGGAAUAUGAGAUCAGCGAUAUGGGAAAGACAGUAUUUAGGACAGCAGUUUUAUCUGAAAGUGUGGGAUCCAGUGCAGAGUCUUGCCAAUGAGUACAAUCCUCCUGAUAAUCUUCUUCUUUGUGGCAAAGCUGUUGGGAGACGAGUUUAGAAAGAUGUCUUUAUAGUGUUCAUUUGGUCUUUUUUAUUUAAGUUCAUUUGUUUUGAGGGUUUUUUCGAUUCAAUUUGGUUGAGGUUUUGUUCUUACUGGUCACGAGAGUAUGGCCUGUGUGACAUUUGUAGUAACACAUGGAAGAGAUGAAAAGUCAAAUGUUUUCGGAUUGCAGUUUAAAAAUAUUCUAGUACUAAGGGCAUCAUUAACCCGGUAUC